GCCUCGCGACACCCGGCGGCGCUUUACGGCCGCGGCGCUUGGCGGCAGCGCGACCCGGUUGGGACGGGGUAACGGGACCCGGCGGGACCCGGGGCGGGAUGAGCUUCUACGACGUGUUUCGCGGCUUCUUCGGGUUCCCGGGACGGUGCAGGCCCCGGGACCCGCUCUUCGGCGGCGUGGCGUGGGACGACGAGGAGGAUGAGGAGGAUGGCGGCCCGUCCAUGUCGCAGCCCCCUCAGGACUUCGGGUUCGGGUUCGGCCCCGGCUCGUCCCGCGGCGCCUUCGAGGAGCUGUUCCGGGACAUGGGCGAGCUCCUCGGCGCGCUGGGCGGGCUCUGGGCCGAGCCCCGGCAGCCUUUCGAGCCCGCCCUGCCCGGCCCCGCUGAAGGCAGCGCUCGGCGACCGCUGCGGGACUCGAUGCUGAAGCACCCGGAGAGUCCCGCUGCCAGCGCGGCCCCGGGGAGCUCCGGCGAUGUGGCCCGGCCGUGGAGACCCUUCUUAGGGCUGGAAGAUGCUCCCCGGGCUCCUCCUGCCCUCAAGGAAGACCAAGACCUGGACUCCCAGGUCUCCUCCGCCGGGCUGGGAACCAUCCUGAGACCCACCGAGCCCGAGCCCCGCUCUUACUUCCAGAGCGUCUCCGUCACCAAAGUGACUCUCCCUGACGGGGGCGUGGAAGAGCGCCGCACCGUGCGGGACAGCCGGGGCCGCAGCGAGACGACGGUGACGCGCCGCCGGGGCGACCAGGCCUUCAUCACCACCACCAAGGAGGACGGGCAGAGCAGGGACUACCGCGAGGAGGUGGUCAACAUGGAUGACCGGGAGCUGGCGCAGUUCGCUGGCACGUGGCCACAGCAAGAGGUUCCUGCUGCCAACCCGGGUGACCCCUCCUCUGUGCUGGGCAGCUUCUUCCGACGCUGGUUCUCAAGGUGGUAGCUGUGUCCAGUCCUGGUUGAGCAGCCCGUGUGUGUGACAGAUGGGUCAGAUUUUGCUGGGAAGUGGUGCCUGGGCUGGAGGCUGUCCACCUUCUGCAGCGCUGCAGAGCCACAGGGAGCCCUGUGGGGGUCAAGUGUAUGUGUGUACAGAGCAAUAAAGUCUAUUUAUGCUAAAUGGUGACUUUCCAUGCUCAUUCAGACUGGAAUCUCACGCGUUUGGAGGCAGAUUCCCCUGUCCACCAGGAUGACUCUGGGGGGCUGCCUCAGGGGUGCAGGUGAUUGCUGGGCUCCUGCAUCUGCACUGCUCCCUUCUUAACCUCCCUGUCCCUUUUCCCUGCCUGAUGCUGUGCUAAUGCCUCCCCUGGGCCACUCAUGAGGGCCUAGAGGCCUUUCCAGGACCUCUUCAUUAGUGUUGACUGCAGCUGUGGCUUGGGCAGGGAUGUGGCAGGGAUAAAGGGGGUUCCUGGCCAGGCAAUCCCUGUGCCUGCUCAGCCGAGUGAGGUCUUGGCUCCCCACGGCCACUUGGGGAUCAGGGUGUUCCUGCCUGGCCUUGCCCUGCUGGGGUGCAGCAUUGUCACAAGGUGUCCCCGGCCACACACAGGACUCUGGUCGCUGCCAGGCGUCUCCCGUGGUGCAGCCAUGAUUGGUUUAAAGUCUGCACAUAAUCACCCACCUGGCUGUGGGGCUCAUAAAACCUGCUGCAAAUUAGACAUCUACACCACUCUCACCGCUGCCACCGCUGCUGCUGCUGCUGCCUCUGCCCAGCUGGCACUAUGGGCACCAUUUCUUGCUUGACGAGGGUGCAGGGGCUGAUCCGCAUCCGGAACCAGCUGGUGAGGGAAUGCCUGGCUGAGGUGCUGGCCACCUUCGUGAUGAUGACAAUCACCCUGGGCAGCGCUGCACAGAAGAUUGCCUUCUUUGAGACGAAGGGGAACCUCAUCACCAGCUACGUGGGAGGCGCCCUGGGUGUCAUGGCAGGCAUCUACACAGCAGGGGGAAUCUCUGGGGCCCACAUGAACCCAGCGUUCUCCUUAGCCAUGUGCCUGAUAGGGCAGUUUCCCUGGUGGAAGUUUCCCAUCUUUGUGGUUGUGCAGAUCGUGGGAUCUUUCAUAUCUGCUGCAGCUGUUUACGUCCUCUACUAUGAUGCCAUCUGGCACCACAGCAAUGGGACCCUUACUGUCUCUGGCCCCCAUGAAACCGCCUCCAUCUUCGCCACUUACCCUGCUGACUUUGUCUCUGUCGCCAAUGGCUUCUUGGACCAGGUGAUUGGCACAGGGGUGCUGAUAGUGGUUGUCAUGGGCAUCAUGGACCCCCGCAACAAGCCUGUCCCCAAGGGCCUGGAUCCAGUGGUUGUGGCUCUCUUGGUGCUCUCCAUUGAGUGCUCCAUGGGGGCCAACUGUGGCUGCCCCCUGAACCCUGCCAGGGACAUCGGGCCCCGGCUCUUCACCUAUCUGGCAGGCUGGGGCCCAGAGGUUUUCAGCAGGGGCAAUGGAUGGUGGUGGGUGCCACUGGUAGCACCGCUGCUGGGGGCCACCGUGGGCACGUACCUGUACCAGCUCUUCGUGGCUUUCCACUACCCGGCGGAGGACAGCAAAGACCUGGCAGAGCAGGGCUCCAUCGUUCUGGUCAACACCACCAUCGGCGCAGACAUUGGGACGUCACCCAAGGAAAAGGACAGUGCUGGGGAGACAGUGCCUGCCCAGUAUCCCCCAUCACCAAGCGCCAGCAGCACAGUCCCCCGCACAGUCACUUUCACACCAUUAAAAGAGUCCUGAGGGCACGGGGUGUCUCGUCUGUGGACAUGGUGGUGCAGGGAUGUGGUGGAAAACCAGCCGGGCCCGGCUGCAAGGGGGACCCCAGCCU